AUGAAUAAAUAAUUCUGUAGUCUAUCCAUAUUGGUUUUAUUCACCCUAGUACUAUCUGGUUUCUGCUUAAAUGAUAAAGUAUAUUAAACUGCAACUAAAGGUUUUUUCGAAUGGUAGGCAUGUAUCAUGUUAAAAUUCCCGAAUAUGCCUUAAUGUGAUGAGAUUAAAGAUGACAAUUCUGCUUUAAUUACUUGCUACAAUACAUAUUUUGCAUUCUUGUAUUAUUAUGGUUUUCCAUCAUUUUAAUAAAUCACUCCUGAAUGUAAGGCUUUCUAAAAUGAUUUAGAAGGUACUAUUCUAUAUAAUAAUUUUGCUACAACUUAUCCUGAUUGCUUGAACAGUAUCAUGGACAAAAUUAAAUCCUUGUUCCCUUACUCUCCUUUCUUUUAUGAUAACAUCUUACCCAUUUUUUUAGAAUGUGGUGGCGUAUCUGCUGAAGAAACAAAAUAGAUCAAUAAUUAAAUAUGA